UCCCUUCUUACCACUUUUUGCGGCAGUCCACUCUACGCCUCUCCAGAGAUCAUCAAUGGCACCCCUUAUAAAGGCCCUGAGGUCGAUUGUUGGUCGCUGGGUAUUCUUCUCUACACCCUCGUCUACGGUUCCAUGCCAUUUGAUGGACGUGAUUUCAAUCGAAUGGUUCGACAAAUCAAGCGCGGUGCCUACUACGAGCCGGAUACACCAUCAACAGCGUCGAUGCUGAUUCGCAAUAUGCUGCGAGUGAAUCCGGAACGCCGUGCUGACAUUUUCGACAUCGCCAGCCACUGGUGGUUGAAUCUCGAGGAGAAUAUGCCUGUUAUUCAGGAAUUGCCAGAGAACCAGAUAACCGACCACACCCCACUGACGGAAAGAGCGGAGACAAUGAUCGUUCAGGAUUUGGCCGAUGAGACGGACGUCUUCAUGGAGUUCGGUCACCUCAGCAAUGAAACACGAAAGAAGAUUGAAGAAUUCCGGCGACGUCGAAAGCAGGCUGAGGAAUACAACGAGAACUCCCCUGUCAAGCCACCGAAG